AGAAAGUAGCAUGACAUUUUUUGGAGGUAGCAUGACAUGAACAUGUGAAAGUGAAACCAAACAACACGAUGAAAUGAAUCCUCGGCAUCUAGAACCCUAUAUAAACCGCCAAUUCUUAAUCAAAAUCCGAAAUAUCCUUCGUCUCAUUUCUCAAACAACUCAAAGCCUAAUGGCGAACCCAACUUCAUCUCCUUCAUCAUCACCACCUCCACCUUUCGACCCAAAACAACCCUCAAUCCCCAUUUCAUAUCCAAUCAAAACCCUUCAAGACCUUCAAUCUCGUACCUAUUUUGAUUCCUUUCACUAUCCUUUCAACAAAUCUUCAGUUCCAAUUUCAUCUUCUUUGUUACCUAAUAGACGUAGAUUGUUGGUUUGUCAUGAUAUGGCUGGUGGUUACAUAGAUGAUAAGUGGAUUCAAGGUGGUACUAAUCCUGAUGCUUAUGCUAUUUGGCAUUGGCAUUUGAUUGAUGUUUUUGUUUAUUUUUCUCAUUCUCUUGUUACUAUUCCUCCUCCUUCUUGGAUUAAUACUGCUCAUCGUCAUGGUGUUAAGGUGUUGGGGACUUUCAUCACCGAAUGGGAUGAGGGAAAGGCUAACUGUGAUAUACUACUUUCAACGAAGGAGUCUGCACAAAUGUAUGCAGAACGUCUGGCAGAGCUUGCUGUUCAGUUAGGCUUCGAUGGGUGGCUAAUAAAUAUGGAGGUAGAGUUGGAUCGCGGACAAAUUUCUAAUUUAAAAGAGUUUGUCGACCAUUUAUCAUUAACAAUGCAUUCUUCUAUGCCGGGGUCAUUAGUGAUUUGGUAUGACAGUGUUACAAUUGACGGUAAAUUGAAUUGGCAAGAUCAACUAAAUAAAUAUAACAAGCCGUUUUUUGAUAUAUGUGAUGGAAUAUUUGUAAACUAUACAUGGAAGGAAGACAAUCCAAGGCUCUCUGCUGCUGUGGCUGGUGAUCGGAAGUUCGAUGUAUACAUGGGAAUUGAUGUAUUUGGAAGGAACACAUAUGGCGGUGGACAGUGGAAUGCAAAUGUUGCUCUUGAUGUAAUAAGAAAGAAUGACGUCUCUGCUGCAAUAUUUGCUCCUGGAUGGGUCUAUGAGACAAAGCAACCACCAGAUUUUGAGACUGCUCAGAAUAGUUGGUGGAGUCUUGUGGAGAAAUCUUGGGGAGCACUGCGAAAUUAUAGGAGACCACUGCCGUUAUAUUCAAAUUUUGAUCAGGGACGUGGUUAUCAUAUUUCAGUUGAUGGAAACAAUGUAUCAGAUGCUACAUGGUGCAACAUUUCUUGCCAAGGCUUUCAGCCACUCCUUGAGCUUGCUGAUCCUAGAAAUCCUAUUCAAGUUAUUAUAGACUUGAAGGAAGCAUCAUAUAGUGGAGGAGGGAACAUGACAUUCAAAGGAUCUCUUGAAGAACAAACUCACUUUGAGAGGAAAAUUUUUCAAGGAGAAUUUCUAUUGAGCGAGUUGCCAAUCCACUUUAUUUAUUCUGUGAAAUCUAAUGGCAAUUCUUCAUUAGGACUUAAGCUUGUGUUCACUUCGAAUGAAGAUGAAAACUUUUAUGUACUUCUAACAUCCCAGGCAGUGAAUCAUAUCUCAAGUAAAUUCAACAAAGUAAUCACAACACGUGAACAUAAGGGAUCUUCUCCUGCAUGGGUUAUAAACGAAAGUUCAAUUGCAAUGAACGGAUACACGUUAACUGAAAUCCAUGCAGUCUGCUUCAGAUCAGAUUCCUCAUUAUCAGAUCAGAUUCCAUCGGAUUAUUAUGCACUUCUUGGUCAUCUUACAAUCAAGAGUUCCGAUUCUAAGUCAGAUUUUCCCGUUUCUUCUUCUUGGCUAGUUGACGGUAAAUAUAUAAAAUGGACAUCAGGUUCCGAGGGUUCAAAGACGCUUAACAUUAAAAUUUCAUGGACACUGAAAGAUGGAAGGAAUUAUCCCUCUCUGAAGUACAACAUUUAUUUGGUGAAGUUAUCAAAACAAGCCGGAGCAGGUACAACUUUAGAACCAACGAAGGAGGAGUACUUUGGAGUAGCACAAGUUAACUGUUUUUAUGUUUCUGAUCUUGAAGUUCCUUCUGAUACUACUAGUCUCAAAUUUAUAAUACAAGUGUGCAGUGUGGAUGGGACAAUUCAGGCAUUGGACGAGUCUCCAUAUUAUGAAUUGGAGGUUGAAGAACCUUAAAUUGUAAUUAGAAUGUAAUAAGUAAUAACAUGAUCUCUGCUAUAAAAUAAGGAUUUAUUUUACUUCUGGACUUGGUAGAUAUAUACAAGGCUUAUGAUGCAGUAAGUAAUAAAACUUGUUAUCAUGUGGUCACUCACACUAAGCAGUUAGAAAGGAUUAGUGAGUCAGUUGUAAAAUGUGCUGAAUGGAUAAAUACCAUUAGAAUCCAAUGUACAAUGGUACUCUAUAUGUAAAGCUGGAAAUUAAUAUUCAAGUAAUAACUUAAUCUUUUUAUA